AUGCCGUCUAAAAACGUUGUUGAAGUUGUCAAAAUGAUGGAAGAAGAGGUUGACGCGACUGUGGACGUUAAGGCUUUAAAGAUCAAAUCCAAGGAGGGCAAGAAACUGAAGAAGAAGAUCAAGGAAGAAGAGCCGGACAACGAAUGUCCUAUACCAAAAAAGAAGAAAAAAAACAAGCUGGCAGAGGACCAAGUCAAUGGAGACAUUGACCAAGCCACAGACCCGAAUGGCAGCACUGAUAUUUCAGAGCCACCAAAGAAGAAGAAAAAAAAGAACACAGAAGCAGUCAAGGAGGAGACAAAAAAGAAGCAAAAGAAAGAAAUCAUCGAAACCAACGGACAUUCCUUGCCAGACACACCUGAGCCGACCCCCAUUCAGACACCAUCUCAGUCAGACGACUCAACCAGUGACAGUGAAAAAGAAAGUGAGGAAACCCCUGAGCAAAAAAAGGGAGCCUUCUCUAAUUUCAGAAUCUCUGCUGACACCAUUCAGAAACUAAAAGCUCGCGGGGUCUCCUACCUUUUUGACAUUCAAGUCCAGACUUUUGAUUCGGUAUAUGAUGGGCAUGACGUACUCGCACAGGCCCGUACCGGUACAGGAAAGACUUUCUCCUUUGCCAUUCCUCUUGUGGAGAAGCUCCAGUUGGAGGGAUUGGAGAAGGCGAGAGGACGUCCUCCUAAGGUGCUGGUGUUGGCGCCCACCCGAGAGUUGGCAAUCCAGGUCGCGAAGGACUUUAAGGACAUUGCUAAAAGAGUGAAUAUCUGUUGUUUCUAUGGAGGCAGCUCAUACAACCCGCAAAUUGACGCCAUCCGUAAUGGGAUUGAUAUUUUGGUCGGAACCCCUGGCCGUAUUAAAGAUCACAUUCAGAAUAAUAAGCUUGACCUCUCAAAACUGAAGCAUGUGGUUCUGGAUGAAGUGGACCAAAUGCUGGACAUGGGAUUUGCUGACCAAGUGGAAGAAAUACUUGUUCACUCCUAUCAGAAAGAUGGCGACUCCAACCCCCAAACUCUCCUGUUUUCGGCCACCUGCCCUCCGUGGGUCUACAAUGUAGCCAAGAAAUACAUGAAGCCUGAUUGCAAGCGUGUUGACCUUAUUGGCACUAAAACACAGAAAACUGCAACAACUGUGGAACAUCUGGCCAUAGCAUGCCACUGGUCACAGCGUGCUGCGGUGAUAGGAGAUGUGAUUCAGGUUUACAGUGGCAGCCACGGGCGAACCAUCAUCUUCUGCGAGACCAAGAAAGAGGCCAAUGAACUUUCCAUGAAUACGUCCAUCAAACAGAACACCCAGUCCCUCCACGGAGACAUUCCUCAGAAACAGAGGGAAAUGACCCUGAAAGGCUUCAGAAGCGGAUCCUUUGAGGUUUUGGUGGCGACCAACGUGGCAGCCCGUGGGUUAGACAUCCCUGAAGUCGACCUGGUAGUUCAGUGUUCUCCACCCAAGGAUGUGGAAUCAUACAUUCAUCGCUCGGGGAGAACUGGCAGAGCUGGGAGGACUGGAAUGUGCAUUUGUUUCUAUCAGCGGAAAGAGGAGGAUCAGCUACGCUAUGUGGAAAACAAAGCUGGCAUCACAUUCAGACGAGUCGGUGUUCCCACUGCCAAUGACAUCAUCAAGUCAUCAAGCAAGGAUGCGCUAAGAUUCCUGGACUCGGUUCCAGCGACAGCCGUCGAAUACUUCAGAGAGUCUGCCGAGAAGCUUAUUGAGGAGAAAGGAGCAGUGGACGCUUUGGCCGCUGCUUUGGCGCACAUUUCUGGAGCUACGAGUUUAGAGCAGCGGUCACUGCUCUCCUCGGAUGCUGGUUACACCACCAUGCAGUUGGUAUGUUCUCAGGAGAUGCAUAAUAUGGGUUAUGCCUGGAAAAGCAUCAAAGAACAACUGGGAGAGGAGGUUGAGAAAUACAUCCAUCGAAUGACCUUCAUCAAAGGGAAAAUGGGUGUCUGCUUUGACGUCCCAGUCGACAAAGUCAAGGAGAUCCAGGAGGGCUGGAAAGAUGGUCGGCGUUGGCACCUCACAGUAGCCACAGAGCUCCCAGAACUGGAGGCCAGGCCGCAGGGUAACCGUGGCGACAGAGGAGGCGAAAGAGGAGGGAGAUUCCGAGGUGGUGGUGGCGGCGGGCGUGGUUUCGGGGGAAGCCGUGGACGUAGUGGCAAUGGCUUCCGUAGAAGCGGCGGCGGUAACGGCAGAAGCGGCGGCGGUAACGGCAGAAGCAGAGGCGGACAGAAACGCAGCUUCAGUCGAGCAUUUUGA